AACGAGGGAGGGCGAGCGCUCCACGAAGGGAGAAGGCUGGAGUCGCUAGAGGGAGGUGUGGGACUAGGGAGGAGGGGGCUUCAGAAGGGAGGGGAUGCCGGUAGAAGAGGGAGCGGCGGGAGGCGGAGGCCUGCAGACAGCAGGCAGUGCUUAGCCUGAACCAAGCGCUCUUCCUCUCUCCGCUGGGUGUCUAGGCUGCUAAGGCUCGUUUGGGAGUGCGAGGCCACCGAGUGCCGGGUCCAUCCAGUGCGGCCGCUGACCGCAGCAGUGAGGCCAAGCUCUCGCGCCUACUUUCUCUCGAGCCUCUGCGCACCGCGCGGCUGCUGACAGCUGCGGCUGGGCUCCAGCAGUCGGCUCCCGGCUACGCUGGCUCCGAGGACUCCGCUGCCUCGGCCCCUUAGCACUCCGCCCCCGCCCCUUCGGGUUCCCUCCCCUCAGCUCUACCCCUCCUAGCCGUGGUGCGGAACGUUUCGCAACUGCUAGCCUCUCUCCGGGUGCCUGGCUCUUUUUCCAUUUUCCGGGCCCCUCUUCUUGAGUACUUUGCCCUUUGCAUUUGGGGAGAGGGGCUGGAAAGGGGUCGGGUGGUGUGUUACAGAGAAGAAGGAAGCGAGGCCCAGAGGAGUAGUAGGAUCGGCAGACCGUGGGGAAGAGACCCUCACGGCUCUUUCUGGUCAUCUUCCUGGCCGCCCCGCCCCUGCGCACACUCCCUCCUGGGCGAGCUACUUUCGGACCAGAAAAGUGAGGGCGGCCCUAGGUGACAGCGCUGCGGGGCCAGUCCCGGGGAAGCAGCGCGUCUGUUCGCGUCUCGUCCACUACACUUCCAGCUAGGGGCACAGCCCGGACUGAGGAUGGCAUCGACCACAACCUGCACCAGGUUCACGGACGAGUAUCAGCUUUUCGAGGAGCUCGGAAAGGGGGCAUUCUCAGUGGUGAGAAGAUGUAUGAAAAUCCCUUCCGGACAGGAAUACGCUGCCAAAAUUAUCAACACCAAAAAGCUUUCUGCUAGGGAUCACCAGAAACUUGAAAGGGAAGCUAGAAUCUGCCGUCUUCUGAAGCACCCCAAUAUUGUACGGCUUCAUGACAGCAUAUCAGAAGAGGGCUUUCAUUACUUGGUGUUUGAUUUAGUCACUGGAGGUGAGCUGUUUGAAGACAUAGUGGCAAGAGAAUAUUACAGUGAAGCUGAUGCCAGUCAUUGUAUACAGCAGAUUCUAGAAAGUGUAAAUCAUUGUCACCUAAAUGGCAUAGUUCACAGGGACCUGAAGCCUGAGAAUUUGCUUUUAGCUAGCAAAUCCAAAGGAGCAGCUGUGAAACUGGCAGACUUUGGCUUAGCCAUAGAAGUUCAAGGAGACCAACAGGCUUGGUUUGGUUUUGCUGGCACACCUGGAUACCUUUCUCCAGAAGUUUUACGUAAAGACCCUUAUGGAAAGCCAGUGGAUAUGUGGGCGUGUGGUGUCAUUCUCUAUAUUCUACUGGUGGGAUAUCCACCCUUUUGGGAUGAAGAUCAACACAGACUCUAUCAGCAGAUCAAGGCUGGAGCAUAUGAUUUUCCAUCACCAGAAUGGGACACCGUGACUCCUGAAGCCAAAGACCUCAUAAAUAAAAUGCUCACUAUCAACCCUGCCAAACGUAUCACAGCCUCAGAGGCACUGAAACACCCAUGGAUCUGUCAACGUUCUACCGUUGCUUCCAUGAUGCACAGACAGGAGACUGUAGACUGCUUGAAGAAAUUUAAUGCUAGAAGAAAACUAAAGGGUGCCAUCUUGACAACUAUGCUGGCUACGAGGAAUUUUUCAGCAGCCAAGAGUUUGUUGAAGAAACCAGAUGGAGUAAAGGAGCCCCAAACCACUGUAAUCCACAACCCUGAUGGAAACAAGGAAUCAACCGAGAGUUCAAAUACAACAAUUGAGGAUGAAGAUGUGAAAGCACGAAAGCAAGAGAUCAUCAAAGUCACUGAACAAUUGAUUGAAGCAAUCAACAAUGGGGACUUUGAAGCUUACACAAAAAUCUGUGACCCAGGCCUUACUGCUUUUGAACCCGAAGCAUUGGGUAAUUUAGUGGAAGGGAUGGACUUUCAUCGAUUCUACUUUGAAAAUGCUUUGUCCAAAAGCAAUAAACCAAUCCACACUAUUAUCCUGAACCCCCAUGUACAUCUGGUAGGCGAUGAUGCAGCGUGCAUAGCUUACAUUAGGCUUACACAGUACAUGGAUGGCAGCGGAAUGCCAAAAACAAUGCAGUCAGAAGAGACCCGAGUCUGGCACCGCCGAGAUGGAAAGUGGCAAAACGUUCAUUUUCAUCGCUCAGGGUCGCCAACCGUACCCAUCAAGUAAAUAUUCCCAAGCUAUCACCUUCUUUGCUAAUAUAUUUAUGGUCAUCUCUUUCUACUUUUUUUCAUUGUUUAUAGUUUGGUACAUGGAAUUUAAUGAGGGUGGUCAGUUAGGUUGGUGGGGAUAUAUGCCUU